GAAGAUUUCAACCAUACCUUACCUAUUGAGCUGGCUACGACUUGUUGCAUGUCCACACAGCCUCUCCAGAGCAAUUCAUCACUCGACUGCGUUGGUGGUGCCACCUUGACUCGCGAAAGAGGGCCCGGGCAGAAUAAAUUACCGGUCGAGAACCAAACCCACCUUGACUGUCGGGGGUCUUACCACGGGUGCGUCGUGGAAACUACCUAGGUAAAGAAAGAGUCACUCACAUUGUGUUUGGCGCGGUAUCAACGGGGGGGGCGUUGUGAGUUGUGCCCGUCAUGCCAUCCUCGAGCCCCGUUCGCGGGCUGCUGUUCGUGACCAUGCAGCCCAAGGAGACCUUGUCGCUCGACCUCUUCCACGACUGGUACAACAACGAGCACGGACCUAAUCGAACCCGCCUGGCGUUCAUGCCGAAUGGGUUUCGAUACCGCGCGACCGACCUGCCAGGCCCCAAUGCCGGCACGCGCGCCGACCCUGAGUUCCUGGCCAUCUACGACGCCACCGACAUGCACCAGUUCACCGAGCAGCCGUACCAGUAUCUGCGGGCGCCGCCGGGCAAGACGCAGCGCGAAAUCGAUGUCAUGGCCCAGAUCUGGGUGGACCGCUUGACGCUGGAUUUUGUGGGCGAACGGGUCAACGAUGCGACAUUCGUCAAGCUCGAGGCGCCAGAGCAUUUCCGCGAGAAUGAACAGGGGAAUGUCCUGACCACCCUCCGACUGCAGCUCACGCCCGAACAGCUCUCGAGCGUGGAGGACUGGAUCCAGACCACGGUCCUCCCACAGGUGCAAGACGUGCCGGGCUGGAGGAGGACGUCGUGGUACAAGACGUCCUAUCUCGAGCCUCGCGGAGACGGCCAGGUCGAUUUCGUCCUGAUCAACGAAUACACGCCGUCGACCGACCCCAAGGCACUGCCCUCGACGUUGCAGACACCACCAAUUCAGGUUUCGGCAAGCAAGGCACGCACAUACGAACUCUUCUACACCUUUGGAACCGCAGCGCGGCACCUGGCCAUCGUGGCCCCGUGGACGUCGCCGGACGGAGUCACCAAGACCCUCCCAAACGUCUCGCCGUACGGCUCGGCGAUCGAGUCGACCGUCACCACGCGCGACGGCGCCGUGCUGCCCUUCCGCCUCGAAGGCAGCGCCGACCCCGACGCCCCGGUCCUGGUGCUGGUCAACUCGGUCCUCACCACCUGGGCCAUCUGGGACGCCUUCCUCGCACACUUCUUCUCCCGCCCGCAGAACCAAAGAUACCGCGUCCUCCGCUUCCUGGCCCGUGGCCGGACCAUCCCCAGCGGCACCACCAGCCCCGUGACCGUGGACCUGCAAGCGUCCGACAUCAUCCAGCUGCUGGACGGCCUGCGCAUCCCCCAAGCGGCGGGCCUCGUGGGCGUGUCCAUGGGCGGCGCCACCGCGCUGGCGACGGCGCUCCAGUACCCGUCGCGGAUCCAGGCCUUCAUCGCGUGCGACACGUCCGCCAAGUCGCCCGCCGGCAACAAAGAGACCUGGGGCCAGCGCAUCGCCGUGGCCGAGAAGGAGGGCACCACGCUGCGCCUGGCGUCCCUGUUCGGCGACGAGUCCCCCGACGCCAGCCCGCAGGCCGUCGUGGGCGAGGCGCUCGCCGAGAUGACGGUGCGGCGGUGGUUCGUGCCCGCGGCCUACGCCGACCCGGCGCUCGUGCCCGAGAUCGCCAAGGUCAAGCGCAUGAUCUACACCAACUCGCUGCCCGAGUUCCGCCGCGGCGUCGAGACGCUGUUCGACUACGACUACACGCCCCUCCUGCCGGGCUACCAGGGCCGCGGCGCGUUCUUGGUCGGCGCCGGCGACGGCGUGCUGCCGCAGGGCAUGGAGAAGCUGGCGAAGGAGCUGGGCUCGGCGGCAGGGAAGACGGCCGGCUUCAAGCUCGUCGCGGGCGCGGGCCAUUUGCCCAUGGUCGAGAAACCCGGCGAGGUGGCCGAUUUCGUGGCGGACUUUUUGAACGCCUCUUAGCCUAGGUAGCGAGCUUGCCCUCCCUUUAGACACCUGGCAAGCUGAAGAAUAUUAUACGAGCCAAAGACAUCUUCUGGGGUGUUACUGCCUUGCCG